UCCCGAGCAGGGCAGCGGUGUCACGACAUCACCGUGCGCCAAGUGGAUGACGUCACAACCCGAGGAUACCCGGAGUACAGCUGAAUUUGAAGUCAGCCAUCUGCCAGGAGCAAUACUCAUUGACCCUCAGAGUGAUACACUGCAAGAAUUUCUGCAGAAACAGCUCCUUCCAGAGAGUAAAAAUAAAAACAUCAUUUGCUAUUGCACUGUGGGAUACAGGUCUUCCAUGAUUGCCCAGAGCAUGAAUGAGUUCUUGUCAAGUGAAGCCGGCCAAACCCCCAAAACUUCCCUGAAAGUUUAUAAUGCAGAAGGAGGACUGGUGAAAUGGGCCAAUGAAAGAAGGCUGAUGGUGGACAAGCAGGAGCAGCCCAUUCACCUCGUUCACCCUUACAGUGAAGCAUGGGCAAAACUACUGGAACCAGAGCUGCAAGCACAAAUCUAAAGCAUUUCUGCAAGUCUGAUCUUAACUGGGGCCUCUAGGUGAAAAACAAAUUAAUAAUAAGAAUAAAAAUUAAUGGGGGCCCCAAACUCAACUGUGUCUUGUAGGAAUAACCAUAAUGCUACUAAUAAUAGAGUAUUACAAUAUGUAUUGUAAAAGUAGCAAAGAAUCCUGUGGCACCUUAUAGACUAACAGACGUU